AUGAAAUUGAAUUUAUGUAUUAUUUUACGAUUUCUACUGAAGCCAGCCCAUAACCCGAAAAAUAUGGGAAGACUAUUUGAUAAUAAAACAGUCCUAUUAAGUAAAUACACAGUAUACAGGCACUUUAUAAUAAAAUACUGUAUGUUAUGGUAUUUUAGUGUGGAUAGUACUAUCGGGUUACUGAGUGUCUUGUAUAAGACAUUGGCGGCUUAA